UCCUCUUUGCAGCUAGCAUCAGGUUUACCUGCACUUGGCCAAGGGGGGUCCAGUGUUACGGGUUUGGACUACACACCUCAGCUGCAGUUCACUCAAGGUUCACUUGCUGACUCCCAGCUCAGGGGACCCACCUGGACAAUGCCACCUGCAGAGACAGACCAGCCCACAGAUUCCACAGGCUCGUCCUCAUUGAAGAUGCAAGAUCAUCCUUGCUGAAGAUGCAACAACUUAAUUGCAAUUAUUCUCUGGAAAAGGACAAUGAUACAGCAGAUAAAGAGGAACACUUGAAUGCAGAAAAUAAACCUCAGUGUGGUCCAGAGAACAACUCUUACGAUAUCACACAGAAACUCUCAGCAACAAAGCCUCUGAGAUGCACAGAGCAAAUGGAAACUACCUACACAAAGGGCCAACCCCAAAGCUGCCAGGACUCUCCUCAGUCCACCACGAAGAGCCUGUCUAAGAAACAUUAUGAGUACCAAGGGAAUCUUCUCCACUUUGAUCGGCAAGCCCCAGGCCGCAUUUCCACCUCUCCCACUUUGAGGAGAUUAAGAGGCAAUGGCAAUGGAACUCUGCGUGCUCUAUCUCAGCGACAGGCUUUAGAAGCAUCCACUUGGAAGGAGGCUCCAGGAUCCCCAUGUUACUUUUCCAAUGGUGUACCUGGACUACCAAAGGAAUCUUCCCAAUUCCAGUCAACCCAGAGACGUUUGCCUCUGGAUGCUGAGAGGGUCCUCAGUGCAGCUGACUCAGUGGCACCCCAGAUGAGGCCCAAUGAUGAGCAGGAGCUUCCUAACCUUCAUGCUACGGAUGCUCAACCUCUUCCUCAGGCUCCUUGUCCAGAGAGACAAGGCCCAUCAUGGCCCGGCCUUAUUCAAAAGACCCCUGGUCCUCAGCGAGAAGAAUCGCAACCAUCCAGGUUCUAUGAGCACCGACGAAGCUCUGUGGUGCUCAACCUCCCUGGACUUGAAGUGUUCCCGGGGGACCUCCUAGUGUCAGACGGAGCUGCCGAUUACCUGUGCCACCCGCUGCUGCUGCUGAAUUCAGAAUCCAAGAAGCCAAGAUGGCCUUUCUCCAGGAAAGAUGUGCAUGGGAAAGACAAGCACAAGCACUUAGCAGAUCUGGAAAACUGCCUCUCCUCAUUGAAGAUUACAGACUUCAGGAGCUUUGAAUUCCUUGGACUGAAGGAUAAGUCCUGGAAUGAAGUCAUGGAAACCCAUGGAAAAUUUCCUACUGAUCAACUAGAUUUGAGAAAGCAGCAAGAGGCCAUGUGGGAACUUUUCACCAGUGAAUGCACUUAUUUCUUGGACCAUUUAUUAGUUAUGAAGAUGAUCUUCAUGAAUACACUAAAGUAUUUGCACACUCGUGACUAUCUUCUGGAUGUGGAUUUAUGGAGACUUUUUGCAAAUCUGGAAGAGUUAAGUCAGACUAGCUUCGGUUUUGUGACAAGUCUUUUUGGCAUCAUCAAGGACUAUUUCGACACUUCUGAGACUUCACCAUUGGUGGAUUUCACUUCGGUGCUCACAAAGUAUUUCCAAGGAAGCCUGUGUCAGAGCCACCAGACCUACUGCCUGAAUUACUCGGCUGCCGUCUUUUACCUGGAAAGCCUGAGGCAGAGAGAGGACUUCAGAAUUUAUUUAAAAUGGUGUGAGCAAAACGAACAGUGUAGGCGGCUUCACCUUCCAGAGCUCCUAGUGGCCCCACUCCACCGACUAACUCGGUACCCCUUACUACUGAAGAAUAUCUGGAAAAGGAGCACAGACUCUACAGAGAAAGUUAUGGUCUACUCCAUCAAAGAGAAGGUGGAAAAGUCAAUCCGAGAUCUUGAAGGAAAAGUGAAGUGGCUUGACAAUUACCAAAAAUGUAGACACCUGCAGGAGAUUAUAGUGUGGCCUCCUCUCUGGGAGAGAGAUAAAAGGUUUUUCAUUCCAGAGUGCUUGAAACACGUUUUUAAAGAAUACAUGGCCGAAAACAUCUUGUCACCAACCAACAGACACCUUCUCUAUGAGGGAAAAUUAACACUGGCAGAAAACACAAGAUUCCUAGAUGUUUAUCUAUUUCUCUUUGAUGAUUUCCUCUUAGUUACGAAAACCAAGCGCAACAAAAAGAAAACUGGAGGCUUAGACCUCAGUUCAGUGUGCCCUUCACUUACUCCUGAGCUGCUAAAUGUAAUUAAAGAAGGUGGUUCAUGCACAGUACUAGACCAGCCCAUUCCAUUAGACAGACUGGUACUUCGAAGUAUUGAAACUCUCCAUGUGUCAGCCUUUGGGCUGAGAAAUGCUUUUCUUAUACAGCAUGAAAACAGAUAUCGGCAGUGUAUAGCAGCAUUCUUAUUACAAGCACAGACGGAAAACAUCAAAAAAAUAUGGAUGACACAAAUAACAGAAGCAAUCUCUCGCUUCUUCAAGAAUAAGGAAAUGAAGAAAAUAUCUUACUUCACAUUGCCUGCAGAAUCCUCUGAAAUUUAGAAGUCUGAAAUAGAUGGUAUAUCCUCUUUUAGAUAUUAGGGAUUUAAGAUAUUCUUUCAUUCCAACAUUUGUAACACUUAUCUUUUGAUUAAGAUGCAGGGAAAUAUGCAAUUAAAAAGAAUUCCAGAAUUUGAAACUUUGAGCUAAACAGUAAUAAUGACUGGAAUAAAUUUGAACUCCACAGAAUUUUUCAACAGUCUAAACUAAUAUCCAGAUGGCCUCGUAAUGUUCCAAUCAGGUUGCAACAUGUGAAAGAACCACAUGGUACUGUUAUGGUUGAUAAAGAAUGACUGAUCUGAAAAAACAUGAGGAGAAGAAAAGUCCGCUGUGUCCAAUAUGAGUUCCAGCAUCUUUGUGUAUUUCUUUAAUGAAAUCAAUUUUGCUACAUGGCUUAUAAACCAGACUUACAGCUUUGCAGUCUACCUCACACAGUGAUAUUCUUUUAAUACAAAGCUUGGUUUGCCCUUUUAAUAUAGUAAUCAAUAAAUAAGGCAUACAUUUUAAUAGCAACUUAAAAAUUCUUCACUAGUUUAUCUCAAGCAUGCUUUGUAAUUUUCUACUGUAGAAAAUCCCAAGGUAUAAAUUUUAUAAAGAAAAAACAAAAAUGUUCCAGCUUCAUCAAUUAUAUAUUUACAUGACAUUUUCAGAGAAAUCAUAAGAUCUUUCUUUUAACAUCAUCUUUAAAGAAAGAUGGAUAAAACUACUUCCUGGAUACUAACUGGUGUGUUUGGGGAAAAUCGUCACUAAAUUUUAUUUGAAAGGACUUGAAACUUCAUUAGAAAUUUUAUCAAAAAAAAAAAAACAACCAAACACAUUUCCAGGGCCCAGUGGGCUUAAGCGCAUGUUUUUGCAUGUGGGAGACACAUGUUUGAAUAUCAUCACAGCACAGUUCCCUGAGCACCACCAAGUGACUCAUGAACAGCACCAGAGCAUUGCUGGGUAUGCAUCUUCCCUCCAAAAAGUCAAUGUGCAGCCCAGGGAAAAAGCUCAAUUGAUUGGUGAGCAUGCUUUGCAUCCAGAAGAAACAUUUUUAACCCUUAUAUUCAUGCUUAUGGUGCCCAAAGCAUUACUAGGAGCAAUUCCCAAGCACUGAGCCAGGUGUGGCCUCAAAACUUAAAACACUGAAAAAGACCAUUUACAUUUUUAUAUCAUAAUAAAAUAAUACUGUUAACGUUGAAGGAAUCAGGUUUCAUCAGACAGAAGUCUACAAAUUGCAAUUUUCGUUAGGAUUAUCACAAUGGAAUUAGUAAAUGUAUCAACUUGAGCCGCAUGACAAAUAGUAUCUUAACCUCUGGGAUACUGAAAUGGGAUAAAGACAAGGGUGCUUGGGGAAGUCAUAUGCACAAUUAGCUCUUAUAGAAUAUGCAAAUCUCACCAUGAAAACCAGGCAGUACAGACAAGUGCAUCAGAAAGGCUCCCAAGCAAAAACCACAGACCAUCCAAACCCAGGGUUACAAUCCCCUUAUAAUUAGACAUCAGAAAAUCAAAGGCAAAUAUGGAAAGCAGUAACUAUUGUUAGUGUCUGGUAACAAAUGAGGUGGGGAAAGGCAAA